UGUCGCUUCCAUGAUAUCCAAUGACGACGUUUGUUUGGCUCAGCUGAUAUAUUCAUUGCAAAUAACGCCAUUCGUUGUGUUUAUUUUGUUUGAGAUUUAAUUAAAAAAAUGUCGCAGCAAAGAUCUUUUAAAGAAAGACGAACUUUUGCUCAGAGAAAACAAGAUGUAGAACUAAUAAGACAACAGCAUCCAAAUAAAAUACCUGUCAUUAUUGAACGAUAUCAUGGAGAGAAACAAUUGCCACUUCUUGAUAGAACAAAAUUUCUUGUUCCAGACCAUGUUACUGUUGGAGAAUUAGUUAAAAUCAUUAGAAGACGACUCCAGCUGCAUCCAAAUCAAGCUUUUUUUCUUCUUGUUAAUCAGCACAGCUUGGCACCAGUAUCGAUGACAAUGGGUGAACUUUUUGAAAGAGAACGCGAUCAGGAUGGCUUUCUGUAUACUGUAUAUGCAUCGCAGGAAGUUUUUGGUUGACUUUUUGAGCUCUUCAGAUUUAAGAGACUCCAGGACGACUUUAGAAAUAUUAAAUUUGUGGUUUAUCUCAAGUCGUCUUGUAAAUUUGGACCAAAAUAAAAAGUAGCUUGCAUCAGUGAAGAACUGUGAUGUAGAUGUCCAAUAAUUCAAAAAGUUUUCAUUUACUUUUUGUAUGUAAAGGAAAGGACUUUUUGAAAUAUAUGAUUAAAAAAACAAUGCUUUCAUUAGGUAGGAUUGAGAUUUUUUACAAUUUUAUUUUGCAAUUUAUAUAUUAUUUUAUUGUUAAUAAUUUAAUCAAUAAUUUUGUAAUAUUAAUUUAUAUUCUAAAUAAUAGAUAUAAAUUUCAGAAACAAGUAGCUACUUUUUUUGAUAGAACAGUAUCAAGAAAUCAAUUUUUAAUAUAAAUGCUUCACCACAAUACAAACAUCUUAAUAGAUUUUUACUAGUGAAAAUCAAGAAUGUUUUUGUGUGUAGAGUUAAGUUUGUACAGUAUAGUAACUAAUUUUGAUGUCUCCCUACCCGUUUAAAUAUAGAAAAUCAUAUCAGUUGUAAAAUUAUCAUCUGCAAUCAUUUAACACAUUGAUUCUUGGUUGAUUAUAGUAACACAAUAUAAAAAUAAAAAAAGGAUUUUAUAAAUGCCAAGAGAAUAUUUUCCUUGUAUUUUUAUGGUUAUGAUAAUAAAGUGCAAUGUUUAGUUAAAA